AUGUUAUUUGAAUCAAUUCAAUCUAUUGCUAAUAUUCAUUCCUUAGGUCAAAAAUCAGUUGGUUGUUCCUCAUCAUCGGGAUACAGCCAAUCUAAUGAUGGUGUUGCUGUAGUUGCCCCUGCUAAAAAUCCCUUACCACUUAAUCUUGCUCCUAAUGCUCUCGAAAGUGUUUACCAUACUUUGAUUCCUAAACAAAAUUCAACAGGAAGAAGCUCAGCACCUUUACUUCCAAAAGUAUUGUAA